GGCUGGUGGGGGUGGGGAUGGUGUCCGGGAUCCCAUCUCGCGGAGGGGAUGCUAUCUUUAAGGCCAGGCAGGGUGACUUGUAGGAGCUGCGGAGGCAGGAGAGCACCUGCCAGUUCCACGGGGGAAAUGGUAGUGUUAACGUGAGUUGGGGUCCUAAAAAGGUCGAAUGUGUGCAGAGGCGAUCCCCCCUGGAGUCACUGGGAGUGUGUGCGUGGGGGAUGUGCGCCUCUCUCUCCCCAUAUCCAUGCAGGCCCCCCUCCAGGGGGCCCUGAGCCCAGGAAUCCUUCCCAGUUUUGGUACCCAGCACAUCCCUUGUUAGGGGUCCUACUCUUCAGUCCUCUGAACCUGGAGACAAAAGAAACGGAGGAAAGUACCAGGGGCUCCUCCAUCUCCCAUGCACACUCGUGCACACGUUGCACACGGCGCUGGGGCAGAACCACACAGGCAGGACCCGCAGGCAGAGCCCCUUCCACACGCCCUCUCACUGGGACAAGUGCACACUCAGGCACACCAAGGGGCACAUAUGCUCCCCUCGCAGGACAAGGCUCCCUGAAAGGCACAUGUACCCUAAUCUUGUUUGCAUAUGCUGAGUACUAUUUCCCAGCCCACCUACCUAUCUGUACUUCCAGAUCUUUCCUCGGAUUUCACACCGGGUCCAGGGCCUGCUGUCUGUUACUGUGCCCUUCCUCUCCACCUUUCUCUCCCUUCCCUUGGCUAGCCUCCAGGUCCGGCCUGGGAAAUUGAAAGAAUAAGUCAGGAUCUCAGCAGGAGGGCGUGUGGAGGGUUCCUAAAGCUAGACAGUGGGGGGAGGAGAGGGAAAGCCCAGGCUGCCAACAGAAAUCCUACUCAGUACUCAUCAUUGAGCGGCUGUGGGUGCCAGCACCCAGGAUGCAAAGGGAAUGAGGCCCUGCCCUCAGGAGCACCCAGUCUAGUGGAGGAGCCACACAUGUAAACAACUCGCCGGGACAACUGUGGGCUAGAACGUGAUAAGUGCUUUAAUAGGCCCCUGUACCAAAAAUCGUUUUCUCUUGACAAAUGGCUGGGCUGUGAACAUCUCCCUCCCUGCCCCGCAACCCCCGUCCCACAUCCCCUCUCCCCAGCCACAUGCCUCUGCCCUUCUGGAUAUAUCCUCCUGGACCACUUGCUGCUCAGGGACACAAACCCCCCUGCCUUUUAUCUUAGAACAGGGGUAGAUGUUAGGGAGACUCACAGGGGACCUGGGGUCCAGAGUAUGGGAAAAGAGACAGGGCUUGGGGUUUCCUGGGAGGUAUGAGGCUAAUUGUCUGUGAGGGACAGGGAGGUGGAUGGGUCAGAGGAAGUGGCUCCUCCUAGGUUCUGGAAGAAGGGAGGGCCCCACCUGUGAAGUGGGAAGGUGAUAUCAGUGGGCCCCUCUCCCCUUUCCUGGAAUACCUGGAAGGGGUCCGGGCUGGGGACUUGCCUUCUCUGAUGCCUAUCUGUCCUCCCUGUCUUCCCUGUGCACACCUUCUCCUGUUUCAUUGCCAUCUCCGUGUCUGUCUUUGGACUCUGUUUCUCUGGGUGCCAUCCUAUCCAUCUGUGUCUUCUCUGCCACCUGGGCCUUCUCCCUCCAUCUCUGGCUCUGAUCCCUCUGCCUCUGCACUUCCCUAUAUUGGCAUUCCGUCCCUCUUUCCUGUCCUCAUGUCUCACUCUGGGUUACUUCUGUGUUUAUCUCUGGCCCUGGCCUCCCAUCUUGGUCUGACUCUUCUCUUCACAUUCCUGUCUGUCUCUGCCUGUCAUCUCCGGUGUCGGCCUCUGGCCGCCAUCCAUCUCUGUGCUGGGCCUUGCCACUCCGUCUCACUCCCCACUCAUCUUGGCCCCUUUGCCUGCCCAUCUGAGCAGCAGCGUCCCAUCCAGCCCUCUUUCACCAAGUCCCUCUGCCGUGAGUCCCACUGGAAGUGCCUGCUGCUCUCGCUGCUCAUGUACGGCUGCCUGGGGGCCGUGGCCUGGUGCCACGUCACCACGGUGACCCGCCUCACCUUCAGCAGCGCCUACCAGGGCAACAGCCUCAUGUACCACGACAGCCCCUGCUCCAACGGCUAUGUCUACAUCCCCCUGGCCUUCCUGCUCAUGCUGUACGCUGUCUACCUGGUGGAGUGCUGGCAUUGCCAAGCCCGCCACGAGCUGCAGCACCGCGUGGAUGUGAGCAGCGUGCGGGAGCGCGUUGGCCGCAUGCAGCAGGCCACGCCCUGUAUCUGGUGGAAGGCCAUCAGCUACCACUAUGUCCGCCGCACCCGCCAGGUCACCCGAUACCGCAAUGGAGACGCCUACACCACCACCCAGGUCUACCAUGAGCGCGUCAACACGCACGUGGCCGAGGCCGAGUUCGACUACGAGCGCUGUGGCGUCCGCGACGUGUCCAAGGCGCUGGUGGGGCUGGAGGGCGCGCCGGCCACGCGGCUGCGCUUCACCAAGUGCUUCAGCUUCGCCAGCGUGGAGGCCGAGAACGCGUACCUGUGCCAGCGCGCGCGCUUCUUCGCCGAGAACGAGGGCCUGGAUGACUACAUGGAGGCGCGCGAGGGCAUGCACCUCAAGAACGUGGACUUCCGCGAAUUCAUGGUGGCCUUCCCCGACCCGGCCAGGCCGCCCUGGUACGCCUGCUCAUCCGCCUUCUGGGCUGCGGCGCUGCUCACGCUGUCGUGGCCGCUGCGCGUGCUGGCCGAGUACCGCACGGCCUACGCGCACUACCACGUGGAGAAGCUUUUCGGCAUGGAGGGCCCGAGCUCGGCCGGCGGCAGCGCGGGCGGCGGCCUCAGCCCCAGCGACGAGCUGCUGCCCCCGCUCACGCACCGCCUGCCGCGGGUCAACACGGUGGACAGCACGGAGCUCGAGUGGCACAUCCGCUCCAACCAGCAGCUGGUGCCCAGCUACUCGGAGGCGGUGCUCAUGGACCUGGCGGGGCUGGGCGCGCGCUGUGCUGGGGGCGCGGCGGGCGGCUACGCGCCCACGUGCCGCUACGGUGGGGUGGGUGGCCCAGGCGCAGCGGGCCUGGCCCCGUACCGGCGCAGCUGCGAGCACUGCCAGCGCGCCGUCAGCAGCUCGUCCAUCUUCUCCCGCAGCGCUCUGAGCGUCUGCGCCAGCCCUCGUGCCGGACCGGGGCCCGGCGGCGGGGCGGGCUGCGGGGGCAGCCGCUUCUCCCUAGGCCGCCUCUACGGCUCCCGGCGCAGCUGCCUGUGGCGCAGCCGGAGCGGGAGUGUCAACGAGGCGAGCUGCCCCACCGAGCAGACGCGGCUGUCCAGCCAGGCCAGCAUGGGGGACGACGAGGACGACGAAGAUGAGGAGGAGGCCGGGCCGCCGCCGCCCUACCACGACGCCCUCUACUUCCCGGUGCUCAUCGUACACCGGCAGGAGGGAUGUCUGGGCCACGGCCACCGGCCGCUGCACCGCCACGGCUCCUGCGUAGAGACCUCACUGUGACCCCGGGGCCCUGGACCGGCCCGCUGGCCUCCUCCCUGCCCCUUGCCGGAUGAUGCUCCCUGCGUGUAGCAGGGGGAGUCAAGAAUGUGGCCGAGGCUGUGCUGGGCACGGUGCGGGUGGGGUGGAGGGAGGCGAGGGGGCAAGGGACAGACCCCGAAGGGGCCGAUUCGAGCACCCCCCUCCCCCCGCCUUUCCUGUACAUAAAGAGACAGCUGUGGGGAAGGGAGAGAAUCCCACCCCGGCAGAGUCGUCUCUUCCAGUCCCACCCCUGAGUUCCUAGGGGGACACCUCCACUUCCCACACGCACACUCAGAAUUUCCAGUCCCGCCUUUCAACGGAUCUAAUGACUGUUAUGUGGCGACUGUGCCGUGGGACCUGCGUUGGGCCUCGCCUCAAGGGAGAGGCCCUCGCUAUGCAGCUGGGGAGGUUUACAGGCCAGGGGAAGGGCAAUUGGGGCUUUCCUUCCUCCGCAGCCUGGCCCCACUGGGGCCUCUCUCUACCGCGGGGGCAGUGGUUUGGAGAACAGCAGGGCUGGCUUCCAUCCAAGCUAAUGAAUUCAGUGGGUCUGAGGCCGGGGCAGGUGUCAGCUGCUAUACUCCGUCUCCAAGCCUCAAAGCCGUGGAAAUGUUGCUCUCCUCUUCUUGGCGCUGGCCCCGAAGAUCCAAAGAUCGGGGUUUCCUUUCUGCCACUCCCUCUGCUGUUGUUUAUCUCACUGGGCCCUGGGAGGCUGGGUCCUGGGGGGGGACUGUACUCACCACGCAGAUUUCACACCUCUCCCUCCCCUCCUGCUCCCUGGCUCUGAAGAGCUGUUGCCAGGGGUGAGGGGCAAGGCAGACUGUGGAGGGCAGUGCACCUCAGUCCUUUAAACUGCAGCCUCAACCUCCUCACCUGGGUUCUGGGAGGGCACUCCCUUCAGAGAGGGUGGGAGACCACCCAGGCAGCAUUCCUUCAAGCUGACCAAGGUGAAUUACUAAGUGGGGAGAGCAGGAGAUAGGCCUGGGUGACAAGGGGGAACUCAGGAAGCUAGUGGGAGUCAAAGAGGAGAGGGUCGUGAAAAGACCCCCCAAAGGUCGGGGUGUCUGUGGGGGACGGCCCUUGCCUCCCCUGAACUUGUGGGGAGGAGUGGAGAGUGGUCUUCUGCAAGCAGAGCCUCUGCAGGGCUGAGGACCUUGUCACGAGCCCCAGCUGGAGAAAGACUCAUUUCCAGCGGCAGGGUCAGAGGCAGGAAUUCUCUAACUCUUGCCCGACCCCUCUGUCCUCCCCUAGCCCAUUAGCUGAAGCCCUGCUGUGUGUCCCAGGGUCUUCAAAGGGGCAAACUGCCACCACCCCAGGGCGCUGGCCCUGUGUCCUGUUCCCCCACUACUCCUACCCUGAUGUGCUUCCACGUGCAUGUCUGUGUACAAACCCCCUGCCCUCUCAAAUCCCCUGGCUAAUGUUUUCCCAGCUGACAUAGUGCCCAGGGAUUGAGCUCACAUUUCCAGCUGGAGAGGAAAACCCUCAGGCCUCUGACAUGUCUCACCCCUGAUGCUUCUCAUGUCACCUGAGCCAUCAGAGCUGCUCCUUUCCCUCCUCCAGCCUCUCCCCUCUUCCUCCAGCCUAGCCAGGCCUGCACCCCCCAAGGGCAUGGCCUCCACCUAUGCAACAUCUCCUCUGGCUCCCCUAACCUCCUUUCCUGGGGGACUGGGGGGCACAGAUUGUGGGGACACCACGGCCUGUGGCCCAUCAGGGUUGAGCCUAACUUUCAGGUGGAGAUGGCUGAGUGGGAAGAGAGAGGAGGCUUGGGGAGGAGGGAACAGCUGCUCACUAGGUUUCCCUGGGCAGCAGUGCCACCUACCCGCCAGCACUAUGCUCUCCAGGGGCCUGGGGGUUGGAGCACCCCUUUCCUCUGAACGGACAUCUUCAAGGUACAGGUGGUGAGCUGUGGCCUCAGGACCCAGUUCUUGGCCAGCUGGCACCCGGAUGUCACGCCCUUGUGUGGGGCACCCUGGCCACCUCAUGGCUCCAAGGAGGGAGGAACUCAGCUCCUCCUGCCUCAGGCCCAUUCCUGAGACAGAACCUGAGCUGGGAAGAGGGGGAAAGGGGAGGGGCUGUUAUUAUUUUUGCCUGUAUUGACCAUUUCUGCCUAGGUCUUCUCACACAGACAGCCUCACGCCUCCCACAUAUGCACAGACUUAGAGAGAAACCAAUUCUUUGGUCUGUUUUCUUGGUAGGUUUAUUGACUGCCAGGGAAAACAAAACCAGAAAAUUAACUAAUCUCUAAAAUUAAACUUUACACUGAAUGUUCUUGUUUCUCUAAUUAGACCCUCUGCUAGCAGCUGUGGCUAUGUACACUCACACACUCACACACACCCUCACACCUACACGUUUGCACUCGGAACUGUCAGAGGGUGUCAGGCACAGACAGACUCAAGGUUGCCCAGACAGGCACACACCUGUGGUCACUCCCAAGCCCCCUUUGGUGCUCUGCUUGUUGGAAGGAGUCCCUGGAAAGCGCCCCAAGGCUGUGGGUGCAGCCCAUGACACACCCUUUGGAAACACAGGGCUGGAGUUUCAGCCCGAGGAGGAUGGGAGAUGGGGCUCAGCCUGAAUCCAUCGUCAGGCCCUCUUGUGGCCCUGUGGGUAGAUGUGAUUCCCGUGGGUGUGGCCCCAAGGCGGGCGGCCACAGAGUGAGGGGGACUCAUGGAGAAUGCCUGGAAGGUUUCAUGUGUCCUGGGGACAAGGGCUUGUGGGGUGGGCUGGGCCUGGCUGGGGAGAAGACAGGUCUCUGUCAACUGGGUGCAUCACACUGUGGCCUUUCUGUCGUGGAUUUCCAAGCGCAAAGAUUGUAUACAUCAAACUGGUGGAUAAUAAAGUUGCAGAUGACUCACUGACUUCCCUUCCCAGUGUCGCACCUCUCUCGCCAUCUCCCCGUCCGUGAGCAGCAAUCUGGGGAGGCCGAUGGGUCUGAGCCCCUCCUGUCACCUCUGUUUCCCCCUUCCCAGGUUGGGGGGAAUGGAUUAGGGAUGGCGCGUGGCUUGUAGAACUGGAUGACUUAAGCGGAGUUAAGUAAGAGGGAGGUGGCAUCCGCAGGGGUGAUGGUGGAAGAGCCAGGCAAAGCUAUGCUGUAGCCUGGGGGGGGGGCGGGGGGUGGAGAGAGAGUGAGUGUGUUUGAAGGUCAAGAGGUCAAGGAUCUGUUUGGUAGAGAGAAAAAUGGUGGGGCGGAGGGUGGUCAGGGAGAUGUGU